AUGUGUAUAUCUUCAAGGCACACAUCAAAGCUAACCAGGCAAUAUUACAGGUAUGCUCUAAAUCUCAAAAGUCUGUCCUACCACACUGUCUACAUCAAGCUCCCUGACGUCGAGGCUCUAGCUAAAAAGAUUGGUGCUGCUCCCACCAUGACGGAGCCAGAUGGUGUAUCUCUCUUCUACAUGAUCCCCAUCAUCCAAGAUGACUCUACUGGAACCAUCAUCUCUGACUCUCCCACUAUAGUGGCUUAUCUCGACAAGACCUACCCCUCCUCUGGGCCCAUUCUCAUCCCCACUGGGAUGAUGACUCUGCAACUCGCUUUCUCCAGUGCAGUUGUCGAUGCAUUCACUCCCCUCUGGCCAUUCUAUGCUCUGGGGUUAAUGACAAAGAUGAAUGAGGUGACAGCAGUGUAUUUCUUGAAGGGGUUCAAGAAGCUGUUAAUACAAGUGAAGGAGAAUCUUGGGAAGAUGAACAAAUGGUUUGAAGGAAGUGAUGGGAAUUUCGUUAUAGGGAAUGAACCAUAUUUCAUAGACAUGGCAAUCUGUGCAUUUUUGUGGUUCACAAGGGGGGUGGUUGGGGAGGAGAGUGAGAAGUGGAAAGAUGUCGUUAGUUGGAAUGCUGGCAGGUGGAGGAGGUACUUGGAGAGUUUCAAGCCAUAUGAGAAACUCUUAUAGGAAAUGUCCUCAAAUAAUCACUCAGUUUUCUUGCUGAUUCCUUUCAAAGACAGCUGUAAAGCAACAUUUUCUCCAUGAAGAGAUUACACUAUUGUUGAAAGGGGUCAAUUACCUUCUGUGCAAUACUGUUUGAUGGAAAUGGUGUGCUACAACCUUACAGGCCAUAUCUUUGUCAGCUAGUAACAACCGAUAGUUCUGAAGUCAUCAUUCUUAGGUAUGGAUUUUCUCUUGCA